AUGGCAGCGAACUUCUCCUGCAGCCGUGCCGCGCUCUGCUGUCUGGCGCUCUGGAGCUUCGCUAGGACUUCAGGUACUAUACAGGUACCACCAGCUCACCCGACGGCGAAACCUGGCUUCCCUGUCCCCAUCAACACCAACAACCCUGGUGUCCGCAAGGCGGCUCGCUUUGGGGUUUACAGAUACAACAACAGUUCCAAUGAUCUUUUUCUGUUUAAGGAAUCCCAAAUUAACAAAGCCAUGGUACAGCUUGUCAGAGGGCUGAAAUACAUGCUUCAUGUGGAAAUUGGACGCACCGUGUGUGAGAAGAGGGAGCACUCCAACCUGGACAGCUGCCACUUCCAGAAAAAGAAAAACCUGCAACAGAUGCUGAGAUGCUAUUUCGAGGUCUGGAUAAUGCCUUGGUUACAUAAAGUGAAUGUCCUUGUUGCUCUCUGUCACUGA